AAUAAUCCCCACAAACCCAACUCCACUACUACCAAAUUACCCCUCUCUCUCUCUCUCUCUCUCUCUCUCUCUCAGACCUCCCCCCAUCCUCCAUCUCUCUCACACUUUCUCUCUCGCCGUCGCCGGAGGAUACAGUCUCAAAGUCUGAACCGCUGUUGUUUCAAUCGGACCGGGAAACCGCGGAUCCGAUCUGGCUCCGAGAAAAGCCUACUCUGAGAAAGUGGCGAGGUUGAUUUGUAGUAGAGAGUGAGGAGAGGAUAGAAUAGAAAAGCGAGAGUGAGGGAGAGAGGGAGAGCUGAAGAAAUGUACAAGAACCAGCUUCAAGAGCUGGCCCAGCGGAGCUGCUUCAACCUCCCCUCCUACACGUGCAUUCGAGAAGGUCCGGACCACGCGCCCAGGUUCAAGGCCACCGUCAACUUUAACGGCGAGAUCUUCGAGAGCCCCCACUACUGCUCCACCCUCCGCCAGGCCGAGCACUCCGCCGCCGAGGUCGCCCUCAACUCCCUCUCCAACCGCGGGCCCUCCCACUCUCUGGCCGCCAGGAUCCUGGAUGAGACCGGGGUUUACAAGAACCUCUUGCAGGAAAUUGCACAGAGAGUUGGAGCGCCAUUACCACAAUACACGACCUUCAGAUCAGGACUUGGACACCAACCCGUUUUCACAGGGAUAGUGGAAUUGGCUGGAAUCACAUUCACAGGAGAACCUGCCAAGAAUAAGAAACAAGCAGAGAAAAAUGCAGCUAUGGCAGCUUGGUCAUCUCUAAAACAAUUGGCAAAAGAACCUGCAAGUUCUUCAUCUGAACCCGAAAACAGUGAUGAGCUGGAACAGAUCACAAUAGCACGGGCUUUACUGAACUACCGUUCGAAGGAAAAGAUGGCAAUAAGUAACCCCAAUGCUCUAAUACUAUUUCCAAGGAAGUUUCCCAUCCAGAGCCACAGACCAACUAGUCCACAGACUCCCCCUGCUACCACAUCAAAGAUCCUCCCCUUAAUUUGCCAGAGGACAGCUCAUCGGAACAGACUCCCAUCAACAACAGCAAACGACAGCCAAGUGCCACCACGGCAGCCUCCUGCACUGGAAGCCCGUGGGACCCGUCCUCAGAAGUUCCCUGCAGCAGGAGCAGCUCCUUAUGUUCCCAUCCGACAAAUUAGGACACCUUGUCAUGGUGUUGCACCGCCAGUGACAAUAAGGAGUGCAGUGCCUGCUUACGCUGCCCCACCACAUCCACCAUUGAUGCAGGCUCCACCUGUCCGAAUUGCUCCUCCGGUCUCCAUUAGGCAGGCUAUUCUAGUACAUGCUGCUCCACCUCACAAAGAAGAUCAUCCUCCUGUUCAAAAAGACGAACCUCCAGCUGCUGCUGCUCCGGCCCCUGCAAGUCAAUUACCAGCUCUAGUAAAAGAAACUCGGAUCACGACUACAAGCAAUUCAAAUGAAUCUGAGACAGUACAAAGCCUUGAACAGCUCAAAAUCUAAUGAUGGUUAAGGAGGACUUGAAUUGAGGGAAAGCUGUGUUAGGGUUUUGUGGUGGUCUGAAGUUUGCCUUGUCUAUCUUUUCUCCUCUGUUAUAUGAGUGUUCUUACUUUAGCUCUCUUUUUUGGUUCCCGUUUCCAUCUUUGUUUUAUUAAAAGCUACAGCGCAGGUUAAAUUAGUAUCAGCAUUUUCAUAUCUCUGCCAUUCAACAA